CGAAAGAGUCUUCAGGAUGUUUGAUGUUUUUGUCGGACAGUGAGAACUAAAGAUUUUUCUCCAGGGCAGGAAUCAUGAUGCGUGUUGCACCUCUCUUCACUUUUCUAGUGUGUGUGAGUCUGUCAGGGGCCCAGCAUGAGCCAGGCUAUUGUGUUUUUUAUGAAGAGUGUGGUCGUAACCCGCUGCUAGAAAACACCCUCAUUCCUCCCAUUGUCCCAUGUCUGAAUUACACCCGCGCCCAGCCCGUCACAGGAGAACACUACAAGAAACUCAAAGCGGUGUGCCCCAUGUUUGACCAGGGGGAGAACAACACGUACGCCUGCUGCACCAUCAGACAGCUGAGAUCCCUGGAAGCCAGCCUGAGCCUGUCCCAGGCUGUUCUCGUCCGCUGCCCUGCCUGUGCUUACAACUUUGCCCACCUGCACUGCAUCAACACCUGCAGUCCUAACCAGAGUCAGACAGUAAAGGUCACAAAGGUGAUGAACGUCACUGAGCUCAACGUGACGAGGGAGGCUGUGGUGGGUUAUCAGGCAUUCAUCAGCAACACCUUUGCAGACGCCUCCUUCAAUUCUUGUAAAAAUGUCAGGAUUCCAGCCACAAUCGGAGGCUACGCCAUUUCCACCAUGUGCGGUCGUUAUGGAGCAAAGCUGUGCACCCCCCAGCGCUGGUAUGAUUUUCAGGGGGACUCCAGUAACGGCUUGGCUCCACUGGACAUUGACUUCAGAUUAAUAGAAGAAGGAGAUGCCACGGGGGUGCCAGAGGGUGUGAUUCCCUACAACGGGCAUGCUCUGAUGUGUAACGAGACCACACCUACAGGUGGGGAAGUCUGCUCAUGCCAGGAUUGUCAAGCAUCAUGUCCGAGUGUGCCACCUCCCCCACCGGUCGCCCCCCCUUUCACAUUGCUGUCGAUUGAUGGUUAUCUUGUAAUUUCUAUCAUCUUACUCUUUCUCCUGAUACUUUCCUUCCUGCUGUACCUCUUUGUCUCCUAUUGGGUGACGUCUCGUAACAGAAAAGAUGAAGAGAAAGGAAAACAUAAGGGCAAAGGCAAAGACAAGAACAGUAAUAACGUGACUCAGCAAGUCAUCAAUCCAUCAGAGGUGACAUGUGCUGAGACAAACAGCCUGGCUGCUCAGGAUUUCCUGAGUUCACUGUUCCAGAUUUGGGGAACCAUUAUGGCUACCUAUCCCCUCACUGUAAGUACCCUGAGCCAGUAAAAGUAGAAACUAUAGCUGUGGGCUAUUUUCUCUGCUGGCCUCAAGAACAUUGAGCUCACUACCGAUCCGGUUGAACUGUGGUCUGCCCCCAAUAGCCGGGCUCGCCAGGAGAAAGACUUCCACGACACAUACUUUGACCCCUUCUACAGGACAAACCAACUGAUCUUAACAGCACCAGGAAGAAAAGGCCAGAUUUAUGACUCGCUGCUGUUUGGACCUCAAAACUUUAGCGGGAUAAUGUCCAAAGACAUCAUCCUUGAACUGCUGGAACUACAAAAUCGAAUACAGAAAAUCGAGUUUUGGUCAGAUGAUCUGAACCGGAUAGCGAGCUUGAAGGAUGUGUGUUUUGCACCACUAAACCCAAACAACCCUUCCCUGACUGACUGUGCAGUCAACAGCUUGCCACAAUACUUCCAGAACAGCUUAGACAACAUUAAUGCUAAGGUGAAUAUGACUGAGCUGGGAGUGACUAAAGAGGUGGACUGGAGAGACCACCUAAUCUACUGUCUUGGCUCUCCGUUGUCCUUCAAAGACAUCACAGAUUUAGGUAUGAGCUGCAUGGCUGAUUAUGGAGCUCCAGUCUUCCCAUUUCUGGCUGUGGGAGGCUAUGAGGAUGAUGCAUUCAUCAGUGCUGAGGCCUUAAUCCUGACCUACUCCCUCAACAACUACGCUCGCAGUGACCCCAAAUUCAAAGUGGCUAUGCAGUGGGAGAAAGAGUUUCUUAAAAUUGUCCAGGAUUACCAGAAAGACCCGUCCACCAACUUCACUUUUGCAUACAUGGCAGAGAGGUCUCUGGAAGAUGAGAUUAAUCGAACAACAGCAGAAGAUAUCCCCAUCUUCAUGAUCAGCUAUGCUGUAAUCUUUAUUUACAUCGCUGUGGCACUUGGCGAGUACUCUUCAUGGAAACGCAUACUGGUGGACUCCAAGUUUCUGGUUGGUUUGGGUGGGAUCCUGGUGGUUGCCUGUUCUGUCCUGGCCUCUAUGGGUUUUUAUUCCUGGAUUGGUAUACCCUCCUCACUGGUUAUUCUUCAGGUCGUCCCCUUCCUGGUGCUCGCGGUUGGAGCUGAUAACAUCUUCAUCUUUGUUCUGGAGUACCAGAGAGAUGUGCGUAGGCCUGGGGAGACGCGACAGCAGCAGAUCGGUCGUGUCCUUGGAUGCGUGGCUCCCAGCAUGCUCCUGUGCAGUCUUUCUGAGUCUGUCUGCUUCUUUCUAGGGGCCCUGUCCACUAUGCCAGCAGUGAAGUCCUUUGCUCUCUAUGCUGCUUUGGCUGUGCUCAUGGACUUUGUCCUCCAGAUGACAGCCUUUGUUGCGCUGCUGUCCCUGGAUGCCCGGCGCCAAGACAACAACCGCUGCGAGCUGCUCUGUUGUGUUAAAGUGUCCACACAGCGUCCCAAAAAGCCAAAUGAGGGCUUUCUGAUGCCCUUCAUGAAGAAAUACUAUGCCCCUGUCCUACUGCACCGCUACACCAGGAUCAUAGUGAUGUUGGUUUUCAUCUUCAUGCUCUGUGGAUCCUUAUUCCUCAUGAUGAAUGUGAAAGUGGGUUUGGAUCAGGAGCUUGCUAUGCCUCAGGACUCUUACAUGCUGACCUAUUUCCAGUACCUGUACAAGUACUUUGAAGUCGGAGUCCCUGUUUAUUUUGUAACAAAAAAAGGGUUUAACUUCAACUCUGUGGAGGGCAUGAAUGCAGUCUGCUCAAGCGUGGGCUGUGAUCAGUUCUCUCUGACCCAGAAGAUCCAAUAUGCCACUGAUUACCCUGAACUAUCCUAUGUGGCUAUCCCUGCUAACUCGUGGGUGGAUGAUUUCAUUGACUGGUUGAACCCGGAAUCGAAAUGUUGUCGUCUGUACACCGAUGGUUCCAGUAUAGGACAGUUCUGUCCUGCAAACCAAACUGGUUUCGGCUGUCUUAAAAAGUGUCUGACAAAACCUGAAGAUGGUAUCAUAAGGCCCACUGUGAAAGAAUUCAACCGCUUCCUCCCUGACUUCCUGACUAAUAGGCCUGACCUGCAGUGCCCCAAAGGUGGUCUAGGUGCCUAUGACAAAGCAGUGGUGAGAGAUGAAAGUGGAGAAAUAAUGGCCUCUCGGUUCAUGGCUUACCACACACCUCUGACCAAUUCCCAGGAGUUCACUGCUGCCCUGCAGAAGGCCAGAGAGCUGGCCUACAACAUCACUCUAAGCAUGAGGAAGGUGCCGGGCACCUCGCCUGACUUUGAAGUAUUUCCUUACACGAUAACUAAUGUAUUUUAUGAGCAGUACUUGACAAUUGUGAAUGAGGGACUCUUCAACAUCUCCAUAUGUCUGUUGCCGACCUUCGUGGUCUGCUGUCUGUUGCUUGGCUUGGAUGUGCGCUCUGGCCUGCUCAAUUUGCUCACCAUUAUCAUGAUCGUUGUGGAUACUGUUGGUGUCAUGACGCUGUGGGGCAUUGACUAUAAUGCGGUGGCCCUCAUUAAUCUGGUCACGGCGGUGGGCAUUUCUGUUGAGUUUGUGUCCCAUAUGACGAGAUCCUUUGCACUUAGCACUAAGCCCACACGUGUGACAAGAGCAGCCGAGGCUACAGCCAAAAUGGGCAGUGCAGUGUUUGCUGGUGUUGCUAUGACUAACCUGCCAGGCAUCCUUGUGCUGGCGUUGGCCAAAGCACAGCUCAUCCAGAUUUUCUUCUUCCGGUUAAAUCUUGUCAUUACACUACUGGGAAUGGCUCACGGACUUAUAUUCCUCCCUGUGCUGCUCAGUUAUUUUGGUCCCGGUGUAAAUAAAGCCGUGCUGCUGCAGUUCCAGCGGGAAAUAGAAGAGGCCAAGCAAAAGGCGGAGAAGGACAGCCAUGUGAGACAAGCUUAUGAUAACGUCAGCUAUGAAGACAGUGAAAAACAUUCAGACACAUUCUUCUGACUGAGUGUAUCUCGGUCCAUAAUGGAAGAUAGGACUGGACAGCUGUGCAAUAUUUUUGAAGCAAUGCACUGCAAUGCAACAAACUAUUGCAAUGAGGGUCAAACUUCCUGAAUCAACAUAUGGAAAGCGUAUUUGAUCAAGGGUUUGACAAAGAAUUGUGAGUUAGUCAUUUUGUAUUUUUAUUGAAUGUAAUUAUUUGUUAUGUGGGAAAGCUUCACAGUAGCAGUGUUUAGACUCAUCAAAAUGAACACACUCUCCACAGUAAAAUGUGCAAUCAGUGAAAAAAAUAUUAACUAUGUUCAUUAUGUGAAUGAAUAACCGCACUGAAAACAUUAUAGUUUUCCAUGAUUAUAAAUAAGAAAUGUAAUGGCUUUGCAGAAAUGUAUAUUUUGUUGUAAUAUGUAUUUAAUAUGUUCUUUCUAAGUACACAAACACUUUCCAACAACACUUCCAGAACUCACAACAUUGUCUUGUUUAAAUUCUUUGUAAUAUAUAUUAGAAAAAAAUGGCUCUGGCACUUAAGACCCAAGAUCCAGCCAAUUUGGGCCCAAAAAAUGUGUUUGUUUUUUUUCAGAUAGUAAGAGAAAAAAUAAAGGAAACACUCUUCAAACUUUGUGAGUCAUUUCAUGAAAUUAAAAUGUCCACUGACAUCUUUUACCUACAGCUUUUUCUUGCAAUUAGCCCGACUUUGUGACAACUUUCUCCCACCAAUAAAUUUUGUCUACGAGACAUUUCAUUUCUUUAAAUCUGGUGAAUUUUUAGGAACAUAUUUUUCUUUUCUCCAUCAGUUUUCUGGUGGAAAUGUGUUUUUUUUCUCUAAAGGAAAAAGAAAAACAGGCAUCAGGUAUAUUAUCCCUGCUGAGCCCAUAAAGACAUGAUUUAUUGUUCUGUCCCCUUUUGUGUUUUCCAGGCUUCACAGGUGAGAGAUGGAGUGUAAAGACUUGACGUUUCUGCCUGAUAUCAGGCUGCUUUUGUGUAUUUUGUUUGGGGAACUAAUUAAUUUCAUUUAUAUCCCCCUGGACUUUAACAUCUACAAUGUGUUCCAG